AUUGUGAGUAUUGUGUAAUAAUGCCGAGCAAUAUGAGAAAGCUUUAAAGGUACAAAAGAUCAAUGGAAAGUCUGUACAGUGUUCAAGGGCUAAUGAUCAAAAGCUCAGCAGAGGUGUCAUUACAGGAAUUCAAACUGAUAUAACUGCAGAAACGCUGAAAGAAAACAUCAAGAAAGUUAAAGUGAAUGCAAUUAAGACCAAGAGAAAUGGUGGAAUCUGUGACAGCCUGUCUGUAAUUAUUACAUUUGAAGAGAAGGAACUACCGGAUAAAGUGUUUGUUGGAUUCAUGUGUUAUGAUGUUAAACUAUAGAGUGCUUCGAGGUCAGCGCGAACCCAGCGGCGGCCAUAUUGGAAGUCAAAGGUCGCUGUGUCAGUGCAUUGUUGUUGUUCAGCGAAGCAAAAAUGGGUGACAAUGCCGAAUACGUGUGUCAUUGUUGGCUGUAGUAGCCGGGGGGAAAAGGGUGGCAAAAGCUUCUACAGACUCCCUAAAGUCGUGACUAACCAGGGAAUUGCAGCACAGGAGAAAAGCGAGCGGAGGAGACGACAGUGGCUGGCUGCCAUCAACCGCUCAAAUUUAGGACAACUUAACUGUAUCCGGAUUUGUUCUGAUCACUUUGUGACAGAAAAAUUGAAGAUCACCAAAACGAACUAUCAGUUGCCUUCAUCAAUGCAGACUGCAGCCACAUCAAGCGCAUCACAACCACAGCAGACAUAUGCCAUGUUUCAAGGUCAACAGGUGAAGGAGCCUGAGGUGAAACCACUUAUAUCAGUGAGUGAUCGAGUGGCCAAUUCACAGGCAAUGGUACUUGGGGUGGUUGCUGAACACAACCUUCCACUUACAAUGGCACCUGCACUGAUAGAUUUAGCAAAGGAGCUCGCCAAAGACGAAAAGGCUUUGGAUAAUCUGUCCAUGGAUAGAACAACAGCCUCCUAUCGCAUUAGGCAUGGCCUCAGCAAAACAUUCUCGGAAGAAACAAUCAACAACAUCCGGUCAUCGCCAUUCAGUCUGAACAUAGACGAAAGCACUAGUAAUAGCAACAAGAGAGUCCUUGCUAUCUUAGUUAGUUACUAUUCUCAGAAAAAUGAGAAGGUUUUACUUGAACAUUUGGCAUCGAUUGAAGUAGUGAAGGUAGACUCUGAAUCCCUGUAUAAUGUAAUUUUAGACUUGUUUGAUAAGUAUGACAUUCCAUGGUCUAAUCUUAUUUCCAUCCUCAUGGACUCCUGUGCAGUGAUGCGAGGAUCAAAAUCUGGUUUGGAGACAAGAAUUCGACAAAAUAAAGCCCCUCAUCUGCUCAAUAUUGACGGGGACAUAUGUCAUCAUGUUCAUAACACGUGUAAAAGUUUUGUGAGCCCUUUCAGUAUUGGGUCGAGAGCCUCUUUGGUGAUCUUUAUAAUGACAUCAAAUGGUCACCAGAUCUCAGCGAACGACUCUCUGAAGUUUGUGAAAUUCUAGGAAUAUCCUACACAAAUCCAGAACGUUUUGUGAAUCACCGUUGGCUGUCUGUUUAUGACUUGUCUGUGAGCACACUGCACAUCAUAGAUGUCCUUCAGAUUCUCUACUUUGGGUUCAUUCCUCAGGGUAGUCAGCAAGACUACCGUAGUAUUCUCGUAGACAUUUAUAGAAAAUACAAUGUAAGCAUAGAGGGGAGGGAGAGGAUCCGAGAAGUCAUAGAUACCAUGAAAGAGAAGAAACUCACAGAAGACGGCAGGAAUAGAAAGUUGCGGAUUGUUGACAAAGUAAUGUUCAAUGAAAAACAAAAUUGAUCCUGAACUUCUAUCAGUCUGCUUUGCCUCUCCUGAAAAGUUAUGUUUGUCUCUUCCAGAGUAAGGAACCGCUUAUUCAUGUUGUGCAUGACAAACUGGAAGACCUCUUUCGGAAUUUCCCUGCUUGUUUUGUAAAGCCUGAGAAAAUA